UGAGAAAGGAGGAGGAGGAGCGGUUCGUUAAGGGGGUGACACUGUCCUUAUUUUCUCGUCCUUAUUCCCUCGUGCGUCCCCUCCCGAGACUGUAGAGUUCCAGUUUGUGUUGCUUAGAUUGAUGAUGAUGGCAAGACAUGGAUGAGAAGAUAAAAGUAAUGCAAGUACGAUCAUGGCAUUAAUAAUAAGCAGUGCCAAAAAGGAUCGCAACCGUUUGAGUGCCAUGCGGUGGUUCUAAAACUAAUGGUGAGAACAGUACUGUCAUGGGAAGAAAGUAUAUUGGCAGUACAGUUUUGGCACUAGUAAUGAGCAGAGCCAGGAGGGAUCACAGCAUUUUGAGUGCCAUGUGGUGCCUAAACGGAUGGUAAAAAUGAUGAUGUAAUGGGAAGACUGGCAGUACAAUUGUGGCACCAGUGGAGAACAGUGCCAAGUGGACUAUACUCUCAUUAGUGCCAAGUGUUUGAAUGAAGGAUUAUGACAAGUGAUGGGAGGGAAAAGUAGUCCCAGUACAGUGUUGGCACCAGAGAGACAGUGCCAAUAGGACCACAAACCAUUAGUGCCAAGUGUUUGAAUGAAGGAUAAUGACUGCUGUGAUGGGAGAAUACAGUGGCACCAGUACAGCGUUGGCACCAGAGAGCAGUGCCACGGGUACCACCAAACCCUCAGUGCCGGUACAUGCCUGUGAGGUGUGUGGGCGGGUGUUUGGGCGGCGCAGCAACCUCUCGCGCCACCAGCGAAUUCACAGCGGAGAGAAGCCAUUCACCUGCCCCGAGUGCCAGCGUUCCUUCACCCACCGCAGCUCCCUAAAACACCACCUCAGGCUGCACACGGGGGAGCGGCCGUACCAGUGUUCGCUGUGCCCCCGAACCUUCCGACAGCGGCCCAACUACACCCUACACCUCAAGACACACACCGGCGACAAGGACUUCCGCUGCCACAUCUGCGGGAAGGAGUUUGCCCAGCGCGUCCACCUCACCACCCACGCCCGCCUGCACUCUGGGGACCUUCCGUAUGCCUGCCAGGACUGUGGUCGGAGGUUCCCCCAGCGGUGCCACCUCACCUGCCACCGGGACACACGCAGGGGCCAGGCCAAGCACUCGUGUGACCUCUGUGAUAGACGGUUCUUCUCCCGGUCAUGUCUGGUGGCACACAAGCGGACUCACGAUGGAGGGACACAGGCCAAGGGAGUGAAGAGGCAGCGCAGCGAUGUCCAGGAGGAGGGUCUGGGGUUGGGGAGGAAGAGGACCGAAGGGGGGAAGGUUACAUGGGGUGAUAGAGGAGAGGAUGAUAAGGAAAAGGAGGAUAGGUGUAGAAAAGGUGUUGGUGAUAGCUCUCAGGGGCAGGACAGAGCAGAGGACAUGAAGGGGAAGGCUGCAGGGGAUAGCACUAAGGGGGAGAGGGUUACAUGGGGUGAUAGAGGAGAGGAUGAUAAGGAAAAGGAGGAUGGGUGUAGAAAAGGUGUUGGUGAUAGCUCUCAGGGGCAGGACAGAGCAGAGGACAUGAAGGGGAAGACUGCAGGGGAUAGCACUAAGGGGGAGAGGGUUACAUGGGGUGAUAGACCAGAGGAGGAUGAGGAAAAGGACGGUAGGUGUAGAAAAGGUGUUGGUGAUAUCUCUCAGGGGCAGAAAAUAGUGAAGGACUUGAAGGAGAAGACUGUAAGGAAUUUUGUUAAGGGUCUGGAUGGGGUAGACGGCAGGGAUGAGGGGAAGGAUGUAGAUUGGGAUGAGAAUAGAGACAAAGGGAGGGACAGAGAUCAUCGCUUCAAGGGGCUGCAUGGGGAGGAGAACAGAGGCAAGGGGAGGGACAGAGAUCGCUUUGAGGGGCUGCAUGGGGAGGAAAACAGAGGCAAGGGGAGGGAUAGAGAUCACUUCAAAGGGCUGCAUGGGGAGGAGAACAGAGGCAAGGGGAGGGAUAGAGAUCACUUCAAGGGGCUGCAUGGGGAGGAGAACAGAGGCAAGGGGAGGGAUAGAGAUCGCUUCAAAGGGCUGCAUGGGGAGGAUAACAGAGGCAAGGGGAAGGAUGUAGUUUGGUAUAAGGACAGAGAAAAAGCUGUAGGCAUUAACCAUAAGAAGCAGGGCGGGGAUGAGGUCAUGAAGGGGGCAAAUAUAGGCGAUAAAUUCAUCAUUCAAGGCGAGGAUAACAGUGAUGAGGAUAAGGACUUGAGUGACAGCCAUAGAAAGGGUGAAGCUGAGGGUGAGCCUGUUUGUAGGGGCAGGGGAAGGAAGGUACAGGCCGUGGAGUGUGAGGUAUACCACAAGACCUUCCGAAAACCCUCCCGUCUCUGCCACCACUGCCCCACCCACACCGGGGAACAACCACACCAGUGCCCCCAGUGUGACCGCAGGUUCUCCCAUGCCUGGAGUCUGCGCCGGCACCUACUGGCACUACACAGCAAGGCAAAGCUCCCCCACACCCACUCCCACACCCAUGGCAAGAUUAGAUCGUCAGUAACGGACACACCCAACACCCAUGGCAAUAUACCCACCCACGCACCCACCCUCACAUACACCCAUGGCAGGAAUAGGCCUUCAGUAACACCCACACCCAACACCCAGGACAGUACACCCGCCCACACACACACCCUCACCCACACACAAAGCGAUUCACACACCCACACUCACAAACACUCAUUAACACCCACACCCAACACCCACACACCCACCCUCACACCCACACAAAGACCCUCAGGAAGAAUCUCACACACUCAUCUCACCCGUGACCAAACCACACCCUCCCCAACACACUCAGGACACACACCCACCCUCACACCCACCAAGCACACCCAAAACAGGACUGGUGAGUGUUCCAGUGAGGUCAUGUCUCCACCCGUCACUAAGAACAGAGGCGCAGAAACUAGUCUUGAGGAGCUCUCGUCCGUCCCUAAUACAUGCUCUUUGUUGGGUGUGGGAGGAAAUAAGAGUACUAGUGAAUGUGUUGGUGAGGUCAUGUCUCCGCCCAUCACUAAGAACAGAGGCUCAGAAACUAGUCUUAAGGAGCUCUCGUCCAUCCCUAAUACAUGCUCUUCAGUGGGUGUUAAAGGAACUGAGAGUGAUGAGUGUACCGACAGCUCAUCAGGUAACCACAGGACACGGGUGCCAGGCGUACAUCAACAGAAUGGCACUCCUACCUCUCAGAGUGUUACUUUACCCCUUCACCUCAGCACACUACCUCAAAGAACAGAAACACAAAAGCAUGACCUGUGCUCUCCCACCCUCCUAUACCCCAGCACCUCCACGCCACGGGUCACAACUCACGGUCUGACCCUUAAGGAAGACCCAGAGCAUAAGGUCAUUAAGACAGAGGUCAUAGAUGAUGUUAAAGAGGACCUUGCAGCUGGCACAAGGGAGGUGGAUGGUCUAGGUAAACAGGAAAGCAAGGGAGAGCAUACCAGGCUUUGUUCCUUUCCCCUCACAGCCCAGCCAUUGGUAGCUGUGAGUCUGUUCCUGUUUGGGAAGAGAGUCAAGGAGGAGACAGAGGAGGAGACAGAAGGGGAGGGGGAACUGAGUGUGAAGGAGGAGUUUGAGAUGGUGGAGGAAGCUGUGUAGAAGGGGGACUGCAUAGAGACUUGCCCAGAGGGACCCCCGGGCCUGGCAUUGUAGGGUGGGUGAGGCAGCGUGCCCCUCGGUGUGUUCCCCCAUCGAUUGAUUGAUUGAUAUAAGGCCGUGUGUGUCGAGAAAGAGUCUUAAGUGGUAUGGGAUGCAGUGUAUAGUUAAUUGUGAAGGAAGGAAGGGAGCAAGAUGUCCAGACCUUAUCUCCCGCAGUACAGUAUACACCAAUGUUGCAAGAAUGUGCCUGUGCAGUUCCCCAGUGAACGCCUCUGUAGCUGUAUGGUAGUAAAGCUCCAUUCACCAGCCUGCAA